AUGUUUGACGACUUUUCCUUCGCAUGCGCCUCCAGGCAGCACGCCUUCUACCAUCCAUAUCCAAUGGAUGACAGUGUCUCCCCCAAUUCUUCUGGCGACUCGACGCCUUCUUAUGACAAUGGCUGCCAUGGCUCCCCUGAGCGAGGAUAUCCGAUCGCUACCACCAUCGCGGAACUGUCUCAGCAUUUCGACCAGCACACCCUCACGCCACGGCGGCCGAGCGUAUGCGUAGAAGGAUCAAUACCACAUGCGCGCGAGCUAAACCCGCCCCACCAUUUGCCAAACAGCUUCUCGGAUCGAGUCUGCCGUCGACGGCAGAGCCUCAACCGUCUUCAAUGCUCCUCCGACCACCUCUCACGCAUAUCGGCACUCGUUGAAGAAAUGGUGCAGACCGGACAGCCAUUAUACGAACCCACCCAUCCUGCCGCCCUGCUCGAUGACUCCACUUCCCCAUCGCUCUCCCCCGAAGUGGUUCCGCCCGUGGCAUCCUACUUCAACAUUUCUGCUUCGAGACCCUCCUCCUCCUCCAGCGCCAAUUGCGAUCCGCGAAUACCACAGCAUUCUCUCCGACGUUCACAGUCGUAUAAGAUCGAGAAGGAUUUGAGACACAGUGCGUCGAGGGAAGGGAUUGGGAAGCAUAUGGUGAAGAAGAAGAUCAGGAUGCGGAAGAGCUUGAAGAUGCUGGAGAGUGGGGGAAAGAGAUGUGAAAGAUGA